AUUAUUUUAAGUGGAAAAUUCUGCGUUGACUGUACUUGAGUAGCCAAUGGAUGGUUUGGAGAUAACCCAAAACCAAUAAUAUUUUCGCUAAUAUAAUAUGUAACAAAAAUAUACAGACGGAAUGAAGAUUUCCUGGUUAACCGAAGACAUAUAAAUCGCGUGCCCGCUUCAAGGUUCCUUUUAGAUUGUCCAACCAACCUGCAAUUUCAGAAUUAGGGUUUUCUUUCUUUUUCCCCUCCUGGGUUUCGUCCCGACCCUGCUUCAAGGUUCCCUUCUUCUCGGAUUGAUCCUUCGCCAAAAUGGGAGGAGGCAACGGCCAGAAGGCGAAGACGGCUCGCGAGAGGAACUUGGCGAAAGCUGGCUCCUCCAAAGGAAGCCAGUUAGAUUCGAACAAGAAAGCUAUGAGUAUUCAGUGCAAGGUUUGUAUGCAGACGUUCAUGUGCACUACAACAGAAGUGAAGUGCAGGGAGCAUGCGGAAGCCAAGCACCCUAAAUCGGAUGUGUAUGCUUGCUUCCCUCAUCUCAAACCCUGAGAUAAAGAGAGAGACAGUGGAUUUGACGAGCUGGAGAUGGUGGAUCCAUGUUUGUUUCUGAGAUAAAACCUGUCUGAGUUCAUCUGUUUUGUGUGUUUGGUAACAUGGGACCUAACUUUUGCUCCCAUUGUCUCCUUGUUGUAAUCAAACUUCAAACUUUCAGUUUGACAUGUUCAAAGUCUUAUGCGUUAUUGGUUCUGAGCUUGUUCUCUUUUCUUCACGAGUCCUCAAAGAGUUGAAACUGGAAAGGCAGAGGGUUACACCGAUAAGGGGAUCACUUCUCUUGCACUUGAGCUUCAUCUCUAUGUUUUAUAACGACCUGCUAGUAUGUAGGAGGCCUUAUCUAUUGCAAAAGCUAAAGCUCGGCCGAAUAGUUCGUGAAGGAUGGAAAAUGUUCUCUCGUUAUAUAAUACAGGAACGGUCUUUCUGGAGCUGCUCAAGAAGGGCUCCUGGAAAAAGUUGGACAUGCGUGCUCACUGUGUCUUGCGGUGGUUAGUUGCUAUUUUCAUGUCUAUAUGCCGCAGAUGUUUACCAGAUCACAACUAUUUUAAGCAAGAGGUCGUCUAAAUAAUGGAAGAGGCAAAUCGUCUUG